ACCAGGGGACUUGUCGGGCUCAACUCAGCCGUGAUCUCCAUUGAAAGUCGGAAGUUGGCUUUUAGUUGACGAAACUUAACAAAAUGGCAGAAGAUAAUAGUUACGAGUCGAUGCUAUGUGUAAAACCCGAUGUUUACGUGUACCGGAUCCCGCCGCGGGCGUCCAACCGGGGAUAUCGUGCCGCUGACUGGAAGCUGGACGAACCAGCAUGGAACGGUAGGAUGAAAAUCACAGCUAAAGGCAAGAUGGCCUUCAUCAAGCUAGAGGACAAAAACACUGGUGAGCUGUUCGCACAGGCCCCAGUCGAAGAGUACCCAAGUUGUGCAGUUGAAGCUGUCACAGACUCGAGCAGGUACUUUGUGAUCCGGAUAGAAGAUGGCAACGGACGUCAUGCUUUUAUCGGUCUGGGCUUUACUGAUCGCGGAGACUCAUUUGACUUCAAUGUUGCUUUACAAGACCAUUUUAAAUGGGUGAAACAGGAAGGUGAGCUGGCUAAACUUGAGGCCUCUCAAACCCCACCAACAAAACUGGACCUGAGCUUCAAAGAGGGACAGACAAUCAAGAUCAGCAUUGGGAACAUCAAGAAAAAGGAUGCAGGUGGUGUCAAACCCAGGUCGAUGGGUGGUGCUCUGCUCCCACCUCCACCGGGAGCAAAGGCUGGAGGUAUCAUUCCUCCCCCUGGAGGACAACAAACAGCCCCCUCUGUCCAGACUAACACUGCCCCCCUCCUAGACUUUGGCUCCCCGGUCCCUGCAGCCCAGCCGAGCUCAGACGCGUGGGGGGAUUUUACAUCUGCAGGUUCCAACUCUGGUAAAGAUGCUGUCAAAUCAGGAUGGGUCCAGUUUAGUUGAGAUGUGAGAAAACAUGCACACGCUCAGGUUCCACACAUUCCACCGACAGGAUAACUGUGGCAAAAAGAAAAUACGCUGAAAGUGGGGAGCUCCUUGCUUCACUGCAUGAAUAGUGUGGUCACACACAGCACAUGCAGCCGACUGAGCACACACUCUGGAGGAUGAAACUGUGCGUAGUCUUUUAACCCUUGACAUUUUUCCACACUCUGCUAUGCAGUAACGUCUGUCUUUGAUUGUACUCUUCAGGGAGCCACUAAACUUACUGGAGACCCUGCUCUUUUUUAUUAUUGGUGGUUGAAGGGAAAGAUUUUCUUGUCACACUAAAAAGGGUGAAGACAUUUCUUCUAAUGCCUCAAAUCAAAUGCUUCUGAUUUUCCUUUAGGUUCCAGAUGUGUUUGCGUCUCUGUUGCUCGUCUGUGCAUAUACGUUCCCGUUCAUGUCACAGCGUCAUUUUAUUACACCAGCACUAAUUUUCCUUUUUUCUUUACUUUUUGGGAGAAAGAAAUUAUUUGCCCAUCGAUGUAUUUGUUUAGUUAAGCUGUGCACCAGCAUUUGAGUUUACUUAUUCCCGCCUUUCUAGUUAUUGUUUUAGGAAAUUAUGCAAACCUACAUUGACAUUUGAUGUCUAGAUGUACAUUAAAAUUCUGAAGCCUUUAUUAAAAAUACUGGGCUUUUUAAAUGUGUGGUGAUGGUGUGAAAGAUGGAUUGACGUCAAAGUUUGAAUGUGUUCACUUGGUCUGUUUGUGAACAUUUUUGUGUACACUCAUCAAGUGUCUCUCAUGGCUCACGCGUUAUUUUAAAUGUGCCUUUUACCAAAUAGAAGUUUCAUUGAUUGUAUUGACCAGUGCCUUUCUGAUCUAAAUUGUAUAAAAUAUAAACCUUUGGUUUUCUUGUAAAUAAACAAUAUAUUUCAUUGG